AUGAGCCAUUCUCCCUACGCCGACUUGCCUUUUGUGCGCUACGAAGGCGCAGACAGCCGCAACCCCCUGGCCUUCCGUUGGUACGACCCACAGCGCGUGGUACUGGGCAAAACCCUGGCCGAGCAUCUGCGCCCAGCCGUCUGCUACUGGCACACCUUCUGCUGGGGCGGGCAAGACCCCUUUGCGCUGGGCGACCCCUUGUUUGCCCGACCCUGGUUCCAGGGCGAACCCGUGGCCGCCGCGCGCUUGAAGCUCGAUGCGGCCUUCGACUUCUUUGAGCGCCUGGGCCUGCCGUUCUGGUGCUUCCACGACCGUGACGUCGGCCCCGAAGGCGCCACCUUGGCCGAGACGAACCGCAUUCUCGAUGGCCUGCUCGACCAUGCCGCCCAGCGCAUGGACCAGAGCGGCAUCCGUCUGCUGUGGGGCACGGCCAAUUUGUUCUCGCACGCGCGCUACAUGAGCGGCGCCGCCACCAACCCCGACCCUGCCGUAUUUGCAUACGCGGCCGCGCAAGUCAAGCACGUGCUGGAGUGGACGCAGCGCCUGGGCGGGGCCAACUAUGUACUCUGGGGUGGCCGCGAGGGGUAUGAAACCUUGCUCAACACCGACCUGCGGCGCGAGCUCGACCAGUACGGCCGCUUCCUCGCCGCCGUAGUGGAGCACAAGCACAAAAUCGGUUUUACCGGCAGCUUGCUGAUCGAGCCCAAACCCCAGGAGCCCAGCAAACACCAGUACGACUACGACAGCGCCACGGUAUAUGGUUUCCUGAAGCGCUAUGGGCUGGAAAACGAAGUCAAACUCAAUCUGGAAGUCAACCACGCCACCUUGGCGGGGCACAGCUUUGAGCACGAAGUGGCCACCGCAGCCGCCUUGGGCGUACUCGGCUCCAUAGACGCCAAUCGGGGCGAUGAGCAAUUGGGCUGGGACACCGAUCAAUUCCCCAACAACCACGUGCAGCUGGUACCCGCCAUGCUGGAAGUGAUUCGCCACGGCGGCUUGGGCUCAGGGGGUUUCAACUUCGAUGCCAAGGUACGCCGCCAGAGCAUCGACCCGGUCGAUCAGCUGGCGGCGCACGUGGGCGGCAUCGACACCCUGGCGCGCGCCUUCUUGUGCGCCGUCGCAUUGGCAGAAGCAGGUGAACUCGACCAAGCGCGCCAAGCGCGCUACGCCGAUUGGUCCGGCCCCUUGGGGCAGCGCAUCAACGCAGGCGCCAGCUUGGCCGAACUGGCGCAACUGGUACACGCACAAGGCAUUGCACCCACGCCCCGAUCGGGGCGGCAGGAGCAGUUGGAAAACCUGCUCAACCGCUUCGUGUAAGAAAGGGCCGCGCCCGUUUCAUGCCGCUGCGCUUGUCCUGGCGCAGGGCGGGGAGCGGGAGCGUGUGUCGAAGGACACACGCUUUGA